AAUAAUUUUAAUCUAAAAAUGCAUGCUGAGCAAUCACAAGUAAUAAAAAAGAUCUUCAUUCAAAACUGGGAACGUAAAGGAUUUAACUCAGAUGCCUUUGAGGACAUUUCCUUGAAACGUAAGGAAAGCUUGGUGUCACAAAAAGACUUGAAGAAGGAGCUCAAAAAGUCAGUGAAUAACCUCAAAAAUGAAAAGAAGGUGAUGGAGCUUUUGAACCCUAUUGUUGAUGCUUACAAUGAGGAUAACUUCCAUGACAUCCUAGCAGCAGUUGACACUCUUUACGAAGACUAUGACGAUGAUGACUUCCAGCUUGUUAAUAACAAUGUUUCUGAGAAUGUAGGAGAAAGUAACUUUGAGAAUAAUAUGAACGAUGCUAAAUUCUCAGGUAGAGAGAGGACUACAAGUGCUUAUAAUUCCAUCAAAUAUGCUGGUGGUGGUGCCUCUGCCUACCCUCAGGGGAGAUAUGCUUAAG